UCGGCUGGUAGAGUCAGUUUAUAUAGCUGGUAGUUAUUUUGAUUGACUAAACUAUAAUUCAGUUUUUCAAUUAUUUUUUAAUUCAAAAUCUUGAGAUUUUUAAUUCGCCAGUUUUUUCGAGAUGUCUGGUACUCAGAAGAUGAUUGUGCCUUACGAGUGGAUUCUGGAGAAUGUCGAGGAAGAACCGAUGACCAUUGCGUCGAAAAUGAUUUUGUUUCGAGGCGAGAAAGUAUUCCGUGUGGGUUUGAAGAAUCACGCACUGAAUCCCGUUUUGUUUUUGGUGGCAAUUAAUCUCAGCCAAAUCGGAAUGAAAGUGGAAGACGUAACGUACGGAAUUCAAGGUAGUGGCACUAGUCCAGCAACGAUGUUGCAAAUGACAAAAGAGGAUACAGGAGUUGAAGAAGGGAGUUUGCUUUUAUUUAAAACUCUACUUGACAAGAAGAUUGUUGGAAACUGCACGUUUGCGUUUCGAAUUUGCAUCGGAGGAAAUGUUCCCGGAUAUUCCUAUCGACUGUCCGAUCGUCUUGCCAAAGAUCAAUUAUGGGCUGCUUUAAAAAGUCAACAAAAUCUGACGGACGUUUCAAAAAAUCUGGCGGACGUUUUAUUAAUUGUACAAGACGGGGAAACUUUUGCGCACAAAGCCAUUCUUGGUGCCCGCAGUAAAGUGUUUGCAGCCGAAUUUGAGAAAGUACAACCGGGAAAAGACGGUCCUCAUAAGAUCCGAUUGGAUGGUGUGGAACCUUCAACUGUGGAGAAAUUUCUGCACUUUAUCUACACGGGAGAGCCGAUGGGAACAUUGGCAGACGAAGAAUUGCUCAAAUUAGCUAACAAGUACGGGCUGCUGGCUCUGUCUGGUUUAUGCCGAGUUGCACUGAAGAAAAUUGAGGCCACGCAGAUGACAGAACUCAUUGAGAGUAUAAAUAACGGGGUUGAAGGACUUGAUUCUUCCAAAAUCAUGCCGGAGAAAGAUACGGAAAUAUUUUUCGAUGGAACCACGCCCACCUUCAGAAUAUGCGCUUUGCGGUUUCAUGGAUCUGAAACAGAAAAUAGAAAAUGGAGAUGGUUGAUGCAAUAUCAAAAGGAAGAUAUGUUUUUCGUUCACUUUACUGGGCUUUGCAACAGUAACAAAUGCAGUAUCAGUAAACCUGGGAUUCAUUUUGCCUGCGCCAAUCAUCGAAGAUUCGGAUUGAAAGUUGAGGAUAUUUAUUGCGGCAUCAACUUCAAGGAACAGAAACCUAACCAAUGGUUCAAAAUGGAAGCAAAAAUGCUAAAAAACAGCGCUGAAUUACUUCAACGCUUCACCGUCAAUUUGGAAUUUGAUAUUGAUUACCGCUUCCAUCAUUCAAUCUUCGACAUCAAAACGGUCAGUACGAUCGGCAAUUAUUAUUACGAGUUGAUGGACGACCUAUGGUUAAACGAUUUAUGGACUGCCGCAACAAACAAGAAGUGGACGGAUGUCGAAAUAUUUGUUGGAACAGUUAAAGUGAUGGAAGCUCAUCGAAUAAUCCUAUCCUCUAGGAGUCCUGUCCUGAAUGAAUCUUUAAGCAAGAUCAGCAAACCAGCAGAGAAAUCUAUCGUCAGAUUCGAGGCAAAAUUCGAUGUCGAAGUUGUAAAGAAUUUCCUAAAUUUCCUGUACACUGGCUGUUUAGAGUCGAGUGCCAGCGUCCAUCAACUUGGUAAAUUGGCCACAAUGUACCAAGUGGAGACUUUGAAAAAUGUGUGCCACCUACUUAAUGCCAACACACCGGAUGCAGAAGAACUAACCAACUAUCUUCUAGAGCUAUAAUUGUUUGUUUUUUUAACACGUAUAUUACGUACACAUUUCACAGGAUUUCACGUGAUAUAGUAUUUUAUGUAACAUACAAUUAUAGAUCCAUUAUAUACGUUUCUAUGACCUGCAUCAUCUUACAAACUUAUCAGCACCUGAUAUAGCCUGAUAAUAGCGUUCAGAAAAAGUGGGGGAGAGUGGGGCCAGUAUAUUAGGUUCCAGCGUAUAGUUCCUGUUUGAAAUUGUUAAGUUUUACUCCAAGCGUAGAAUGCCAAAUAAGGUAAUUUUAUCUUUCUCAUAUAUAGACCAAGUGUGUUUGUUUGUUUCUCUAGCGCUGGUACGAGUCUUAUAUCUUGUCAUAACUCAUGACCUUGUGAAUUUUGAUAAGGGAACUUUGAAGUCGUAAAUGGGGAAAGUACAGUAGAUAGUUGACUUACAUUAUUAUAGCGAGAUUAUUUCUCUUAAAAGUACAAUUGCAGCACAUAGAUGUCGUGCGUUCGCGGGACUUCGUGAAAAUAUCGCAACUGUUGUAUUUUACUCCCGCACCACCAGAAGAUUUGCCAGCGCUUUUUAGAGCCUUAGACAGUCUUAACUCGAAGUUCCCUUUAUUCAACAACGUAAGACAAUUAACACAAAUUGGCAUAUACUCAAAGGAUAACUGGAUUCAUUUCAGAGCGCCAUAUUAAUAAAAAGGGAAAAUUGUCUUCCGGAAGUGAGUCACAUAUCGAAUCACAUCCGAUCCUUCGUCAAGGGCAGGUCUGAGGGCUUUCCAUCGGGUUCUGCUAUGUAUACCAGCUACGCCGGAAGUCCAAAAUAUACGCAUUUAAUACACAAUUUAAUGGUCGUUGAGUGGCCCUGUACUCAACUAAGAUAAAACGACCGUCAAGUCGUCAACAAACAUUUUCCUGCUCUUGGCUCUACACCCACACGUUGCGGAUGGAGAUCUAAUUCCAUGUGUGUUUGCUUCGAUUCAUAUCCCCCAUCUGAAUUGGUGCGGAGAUUAUUAGAAAGUUGGUGUACACUAUCUGAACAAAUAAAAUGUUUCCCUCUUGCCUUCCAAAAGGGCCCUGGAGGGUCUUAUUUAUUGCA